AUGGAGCGCGCGUCCCCACCAGGCAGCCCACCGUCCUCCGACGUCAACGACGAGGAGGAGUCGACGGACGUGUCGACGGACGUAGACGAGGGCGAUGACGACGAGUUGGAGCAGUUCAAUCCGCCGCGAUCGUUCGACGAGGGUUACUACAAAAUGGUUAACAAGCUGAUCCUCGACGAGGGCACGGCGGAGCUCGUGUGGCUGGCCCAGAACAAACCGGAUCGCAGCCACGUCAACCUCAUGGACGACCCCGUGCUCAGCGUCGUCAUCGACAGCCGGAAAACCCAGAUGGCGCUCGAACUCAUCAAGCGGCUUCCCGCCGACAAGCUCGAGGCUAGAAACUGCAACGGCGACACAGCGCUGCAUGUGGCCGCCACCAUAGGCGACGGGAAGGUGGCGAACGCAUUGCUGAACAAAUCCGACGAUCUAGCGGACAUAAGAAACAGCAAGGGGGAGACGCCGCUGCACAAGGCGGCGCUCUACGGGCAGCAGGAGGUGUUCCAGCUUCUGGUGGACAAGGGGAACAGCUGGGCGCCGUUCGGACGGACGUACGAAGGCGCCACCACGCUCCACUGCGCCAUCAUGGGCAACGCGCCGAGGAUUCCCCUGGAUGACGAGUCUCUCGAUUACCCUCGCAAGCAAAGCAUAAGAGAUAUCGAGGAUCAGGACUUUCAUGAUGAAAAUUCAGGAGAAAUAAAGAAGGACAAAGAUGAAUUAGAAAGAGGGACAUCGAUUCUUAUGUUAUUUUACAAGAUUUUAAGAUCAAUUCGCAUAUUUUCUUUCAAACUUUUACGGCAAGUUUCACACAGCAAGGUUAGACGACUGUACGAGUUGAAAGAAGUUCACAGAGACACCUUGAAGCUCAUAGAAUUCCUAACGAAGUACCGCGGGUACUUCGGGCUCUUCAUCUCGGGAGACAGAAGAGACUACCGGGUUGGGCCUUCGUCGCGAGAGGCGCGCCGUGACAAUCGAGAACGUAAGAAAGGGCCAGAGUCCGAGCAGCGCGACCUCCUGUUGGCGUUCGUCGACAAGCUCCUCCACCUCGACGAUGCCACCCGCGGAAGCGACGCGCCGGCAGUCAAGGGGCUCCUCCAAAGCGCGACCAGGGCUCUGGAGUCGAUGUCGUCGAAGCGGAACUGGAAGGAGUCGCCGCUGAUCAUGGGGGCGGAGAUGGGCCUGCCCGAGUUGGUGGGAAUGAUCCUGCAGGUGUGCCCGGAGUCGGCGACGUACGUGGACAGCCGCGGCCGGAACGUCCUACAGGCGGCGAUCGAGAGCGGCAGCCGGGAGAUCGUGGAGAUCAUCCGAAAGAAGACGGCGGGCCACAACCCUGUCCUGCCCUUCUGGCUGCUCUCGCACACCAAGUCGGGGACGAGGAAGACCAUCCUGCAUUUUGCUUCGGAGAGGACUCCUCCCGAUACGGACGACGCCGUGCAGUUGCAAGACGAACUCCUUUUUUUUGAGUCGGUGAAAGACAUGGUGCCGAAGGAGCUGGUGUACAGUCGGAACGAGGAGGAGAUGACGGCGCAAGAGGUGUUCAGCGAGAGACACAAGGAGAUGUUCCGGAGCUGCAAGAACCAGCUGAUGGAGAUGGGGAAGACCUGCUCGGGGCUGCUGGCCGCGGUGGUGUUCGCGUCGAGCUUCUCGAUCCCCGGCGAGAAGGACGAGAAAACAGGGAAUCCGGUGUACAUGGACAGGCUGCCCUUCAAGAUCUUCUCCCACACCUACGUCAUCGGCCUCUCCUGCGCCACCACCUCGCUGGUGCUCUUCCUCUCCCUCCUUUUCGUGCCCUACAAGGAGCAGCAGUUCCGGCGGGCCAUUCCGACCAAGUACUUCUUGGCCUGCUUGUCCUUCGUCAUGGCGCUCCUGGCGCUGCUCGUCUCCUUCACCUGCAACAUCUUCCUGCAGAUUUACGGCGGGCAGAGGACGGAGUCCGACGAUCUGAUUCCGCUCAUACUGGAACUCACUGUCUUCCCUGCCCUCUGCUUGAUGUUCGACCACCGGAAUGAUCUCCAGCUCAAAGCUAAGUCCAUCCACCUUCCUCUUCAAGUAGUAUCCCACCAACUCAUCAUCGGUAAACCGGAAACUGGAAACCAGGCGGUAGCGACAAAGAACUCAUCUUUAAUCUCCGAAGAAAACUCAAAAUUUCAAAAGCAAAAGAAGGCAGUAGCUCUUCCACAAACCGAGCACGGAAAACACCAUGUUAAAUCAUCAUCAAACUUGCAAAUCUUCGCUAAAGAUGAGAUUUUGGAUGACCGAAAAGAGGAUGCAGCUCUUGGACGCCAGAAUCAUCCUCCUGCGAAAGAUGAUAUUUUUCCUUUUUGCUUCUCGUCACCAAAGUGA